CCAAAAACUUUGUACUCGUCUCCCGGUUGAAAAGCGCGCUCUGAGGAGUUUAUGGACUUGAAUGCUUGACGGAAUCGAUAUUAUACACCAGUUCUGAUGCUCUGCUGCAGCCAUGUUCACCAAGAAGAAAAAGCCGCGCGUUCAGAUCUCCGCUCCCUCCAACUUUGAGCACCGUGUACACACUGACUUUGAUGAGCAGGAGCAGAAGUUUGUGGGGCUUCCUCGCCAGUGGCAGAGCCUCAUCGAAGACACAGCCAAAAGGCCCAAGCCCUUCAUCGAUGCCACGGUCAUUACCACUGUGGAGCCUCGCAAGGCCAUAGUGCGAGGCAGUAAGAUAGGGGUUGACGGCUCUCUGACAUGGCUCCUGGAUGAGUUCGAAACCAUGUCAGUGAUCCGUUCAAACUCGCUGCGACGGGGCAGUCCUCCCACACAGCCUCGCCGUGACUCGGGCUCCUCUGGGACGCAGGAGAAUGGGGAGCACCCUCACCAGCACCAUGAGCAUGCAGGCAAGAGCAGAGACAGAGAGAAAACGCAUCCCGAUUCCCAGAGACCAGCUAGAACCCACAGAGAACAUGGGAGACCAAUGCAGCCCCAUGGCCAAGAGCCAGGCAGACAGAAAGAGCAAGAACGACCCACUGGACCUCAUGCACCGCCUCAGAGAGAGCGAGAUCGAGACCACCACAACCCAGUCGUCUGGAGGGAAGUGGCCAGUGACAAAAGACCAAAAUCCAGCUACACAAGUCAGGACGAAAGUCCACAGUCCCCACGAGACAAGAGACCUCUCUCCGGACCAAAUGUCCGAACCCCCAACCUGCCUAUUACAGAGGGGGUGAUGAAGACAGCACAGCAAAGCCGGCCAUUUAACACUUACCCUCGCAGUGAAAGUGACUCAGCAAGAAAUCCCAGCAGUCAGGACCUGAAGCCAGGCAGGACUCACGACCCUCCCCCGAACGGCCCGUCCAGUGGGUCCAGCCGAAGUGGGAACAGUGGGGGUAAAGGCUCCUCCCAGCAGCAUCAUGCUUCUCACCCUGCUUUGGGUCCAGAGCCUCCCCAAAGCCAGCCAUUUCCACCAGCAUCCCGACCCCCUGUGCCCCCUGGGCCACCUCAGCAACCCCAGCGUGUUUCUCACGAGCAGUUCCGUGCUGCUCUCCAGAUGGUGGUGGAUCCUGGGGACCCCCGCACCUACCUGGACCACUACAUCAAAAUUGGCGAGGGCUCCACUGGUAUUGUGUGUAUUGCAACAGUUAAGAGCACAGGCAAACUGGUGGCUGUGAAAAAGAUGGAUCUGCGCAAACAACAGCGGCGAGAGCUGCUCUUUAAUGAGGUGGUGAUCAUGCGAGACUAUCACCAUGAGAAUGUUGUGGACAUGUACAACAGUUACUUAGUUGGUGAUGAGCUCUGGGUUGUCAUGGAGUUCCUUGAAGGUGGAGCACUCACUGACAUAGUCACACAUACGAGGAUGAAUGAAGAGCAGAUUGCCACUGUGUGCGCCUCUGUCCUUAAGGCUCUGUCAGUGUUGCAUGCUCAGGGUGUCAUCCACAGAGACAUCAAAAGUGACUCGAUUCUGCUUACUCAUGACGGCAGAAUAAAACUGUCUGACUUUGGCUUCUGUGCCCAAGUUUCAAAAGAGGUGCAAAGAAGGAAGUCAUUGGUUGGAACGCCAUAUUGGAUGGCACCUGAGCUCAUCUCAAGACUGCCUUAUGGGCCAGAGGUCGACAUUUGGUCUCUAGGCAUUAUGGUAAUUGAAAUGGUCGACGGGGAACCUCCGUAUUUCAACGAACCUCCUCUCAAAGCGAUGAAGAUGAUUCGAGACAACUUGCCACCCAAACUAAAGAACCUUCACAAAGUCUCACCACUUCUCAAGGGCUUUUUGGACAGGAUGCUUGUUCGGGACCCUGCCCAGAGGGCCACGGCCCAGGAGCUGCUCAAGCAUCCAUUUCUCACGAAAUCUGGGCCUCCAUCUUGUAUUGUACCCCUCAUGAGACAAAACCGCAUGAGAUGAGAGCAAGAGGGACAUCCAUUCCACCAGGACCCUCUGUUUAUCUCAAAGUCCAGACUCUUUGAGGCAGGAGGUCUGCAGAAAGGUGCAGCUCUGCUCGUGCUACUUUCAGAUCAAGCAUUUGAAAAGACCAGACUUGCCUCCAAAUACUAUAAACACUGCUGUGGGCUUGAGCUGAGGCCUUUUGGAAAGGACUAAAUCAAAAGAAGCCCUGCAUAAACCAACACUGAUUUUACAAUAGUUGUAUGAUCACUGGAAACAUGCCAGCUUUGGUAAAGUGAGAAUGCGGUGACACUGUUCCUCUUUUGCUUAGGAGGGGUUUUGAAUGAUUUUGCAGUUUGAAUCAUCUCUCACUGGGUGUGUUUCUAGGUGAAGCAAUUAAUCUCGGACUUAAAAUCUUCGAACAUCUGGAACUUUCUGGAGCGACUGUUUCAACCCCCACAGUAGAAGCAGUGCUCGGUUUUGAAACCCAAUUCUUCAGCUUCUGCACCGUAACCACUUUCUGACUUCUUCUAAUCAAAUUUAAGAGGAAAAUAACUACUGAAGAGCUAUAUUUUACUUUAUCAAAAGAAAAAAACACUAGGCUCCUGUUACAACACUAGACUAGGUAAACACUGGAUGUGUGCUUUUUAAUUCAGACCCUUUCCAAGUGUUUGGGUGUUUGAUGAAACAUGGUCCCAUGUCAUUUUAAUAGAUUUUGUGACUCAAGUUUUAUUUUGCGUGACAGUGAAGAUGUUUUAAACACCGUUCGUUUUUUAAAAUCCGACACUAAAAACAGGAUGAAAUGUAUUACCAAAUAUAUAUAAAGGGAUCUCUUACCAUCUAGACAUGCUGUGUACAUUCAUGUGCAGAAUUCCUUUAAGAUGUGAACCGUACAAAUGAAACAUUCAGGACCAGGUGGACGUAGGUCACUUCGGCCUGGGUGUCUGAUUAAGGCGGAGCAAGUGGCGCUUGUGAAGGCUUUGGCGAUUAGAAGAUGAAUUGAAUCACGUGCAUUAAAUCGAAAACUAUCCUGCAGCACUCGAGGACUGGCGCAGUCCCUUGUUACUGGGGAUAAUUUUGUUAUGGCUAAUUAACACAGGACAUCAUCUUCUGUAGCAGUUGAUGCUUCCAUUAGUUUGACUGUUAAACCGCUGCUGUCCUUGUGUCCUGCUGCGUAUAAACAUUAACAAGAAGCAUGUAUGAUGAUGAUGUAGCUAUGGGCUUAUAUGAGCACAAAUGUCCUAUUUCGGUACGGGGCUCUCUAAGUAACUGUGCCUUUUAUCUUCUAUUCCCGAUCUCCUAAGGAUCAGAGCACAUUAGCUUGCACCUAGACAGCAACCAAAGAUGUGACGCAGAGAGGGAGAGAGAACUGUGGGAAAGCUACUGGUGUGAAUCUGGACACAUUUUUCUAAAUUUUACGCUACACUGAGCGUAGCGUUUGCUUUGUUCUGUUACACGUGUUCAGCCAAGUUGAGCACUGGAUAGACUUUUUUUGAAAGCAAACUUUGUUGGAAGAAGAUUUUGAAGGUUGUUGGUCAUUUUUGGUGCAAGGAAUUUCAGCGUCAGAGGUUUAAUCUGAUGAAACAUGGUUUGAAAGAUCUGUAGAAAGUAGGAAGAUUGAAGAAGUAGCGAUGUACAUAAUCUGUGAUGUAUUUAAAAAAAAAAAAAAAUCUUACCUGAUGCCUUAACAUGUCUCAUUCUAAUUGUAGUCACAAAAUCAAUCCACGUCUAGAUCCAGGAAACUUAUUUUUUUAUUUAAUUUUUUUAAACUAAUAAUACUUACAGCAGCAUUUUUUUUUCUCAAUGGAGUUCUCCAGUUUUUUGGAGGUGGAACGAAGACAAUCAAACGGCUGAGUAACAUACAUUUCUUACGUGUUAACGUCAGUGAAAAUAGAUUUACUUUGGCCUGUGUACAGACGUUUCUGCAGUGACCAAAUUCACAAGUCAACAAAGUCACAAGACUUUUUUUUUUUUUUUUUCCCCCCCUUUUUUUAAAUUUAAAAAAAAAAUUUUUUUUUUUAUUAUUAUUUUAAUGGGAAUUGCAUGUGUGUAUUAAGGCCACACAGCAGAGAGAGGAUGAGGAUCCAUGAAUGAUCAUUCCUUCAGUAAGAAACAGCCUUGAUGCGUUUAAGUCUUCCACAUUACUCAGUGGCACAUGCAGGGGUAAAUCUGCUCUACAGGAUGUGGACUGAUUUUGAUCUCUCAAACUGAGAUCUUUUGUUGAACGUACUAUAGCUGCAAAAUGUUCACAAUGAUGAUCUCAGGACACAUCCUUAAAAAAAAAAAUAAAUAACACAAGCCUUACUUUGCCGUUAAAUGGGAAAUACUAUACUGUGAGAGACAUGGCUAAAUGUACAGCUCAUUCGUGUUGUACCUUUCUGUCCAUCUCCCAUUUGCAUUCUCAUCUCAUUCUCAAGUUGUAAAGUUUGAUUUAUGCCGAUAUUCAUUAAUGAGGUACAUUUCUACAUUUUGAAGAUGUACUAAUGAACUUUUACACUAAUGUCAUUUCAUGUCUGUUUGAUGCUAUAAUAUGGCUUGAACAUAGACUUUGUUCUCUACAGAUUCAAUGAUAGAAAUGCCUCAUGUUCGGUCUGCUUUCACGAACCGUGCAGGAUGUGUCAUAUCAGCACUAGAUUUUCUGAUCUCAGUGUUUUUUAUUUAAAUGGGUAUUGUGCUGAAUCAGAUAUGGUACCAUUUAUUGAUUUCUUUUCCUGUAAGAUCUGUCUGUCUGUUUCUCAUACCGCAAGUUCCACUAAUACUGUUUAUUCGUACGGUGACUAUCACUACUUUCUAAAACAGUCAUCUGAGUAUUUUUAAAGCAAUAUCUGUAAUUCUACCAUUCAUCAGCUUGUAGGUUAUAUUUUACAGUUUUUGUUCAUUAUUUUGAAACGAAUGAAUGAGAUGAUAGGCUUUGAUCAAUAGCAUGUAAACGAUGAUUUAAACAUUGCUGUUUUUCUGAGCUGACAAACUCCUGAUUUUAGACUAAUUUCAUCAAACACGAGCUCUGAAUCCUGUUUGGACUGUGACUACUACUGACUGGCCUGUUCGUGUUCGUGUCUCAGUGAGUUCAGUCCUCUUGUUGUGUUAAUUGUAGUCAUGCAGAAAUGUUCCUUUGGAUCGACACCUGAUCUCGGUUCCCUUUUGUGAUUUGUGAAUUUUUAUUUGAAGGACUUUUUUUUCCCUUUUUUUUUUUUAAAUACACUUUCCUGAAAACAAA